UGAAUUGACGUUGUCAUAAAACUCCUGAUAGCUGGUGAUAUGCCAUGAACAUGACAUCAUCCAGUAUCUACCUCGGCAUCCACCGUCCACCGCCCAUGCAUAGAUAUCACAACUCAUCGCCAUCGCAAACCCACUUAGCACCCACUAACAAUGGAAUCCCAAAUCCGCACCUUCUUCCGCAGCCCCCUCUACGCCGUCGUGGGCGCCUCAACGGACCCGUCCAAAUACGGGCACAAAGUCUUCGCGUGGUACCUAUCCCGCUCGCUCCCAGCAACACCAAUUAACCCGUCGGCGAAGACCACGGCGGUCCUCUCGAUCCCGACAGUGCGCAACGUGCGGGACCUCCCGAAGCCCGCAGAAACGAGCGUGAGCAUCAUCACGCCGCCAGGGAUCACGCGGCAGGUGCUGGAGGAAGCGGCGGACGCGGGAGUGAAGCGCGUGUGGAUGCAGCCGGGCGCGUGGGAUGAGGCGUGUGUGGCGCUGGCGAAGGAGAGGGGGCUGGAGGUGGUGGUGUACGGGCAUCAGCAGGAGCUGGGGUAUGAGGGAGCGUGCGUACUGGUUCACGGAGAGGAGGGCAUCAAGGCGGCGGGCAGGGGGAGUCUUUGAUGAUACCAAUGGGAGUGGGAAGCUUUGAAGAUACCUGUGGGCGUGUGAAGCUUGUCGUACAGCUGCUUACGUGAACCGCCAAUGCGUCGUUACGAACUUACGAGUGACAUCCUCGGUGAUCCCAGCACGGACCCCGCAGAAUUCGUGAAGGCGGGAUCAUGUGGGUUUUUUGGAGA